GUGGUCUGAGAGAAAUCAGCUCCGUCUGCAGAACGCUUCAGGAUUGAAAGCUUCACUCAGAGACAAAAUGGCUUCCAGAUCAGAGGAGGAUCUCUGCAGUCUGCACUCUGAGAAACUCAAACUCUUCUGUCUGGACCAUCAGCAGCCAGUUUGUCUCGUCUGCAGAGAUUCAGAUAAACACUCCAGCCACAGAUUCAGACCCAUCGAUGAAGCUGCUCAGGAUCACAGAGAGAAUCUGGAAACAUCUCUGGAGCCUUUAAAGAAGAAACUGGAGCUGAAGAAGGAAGUUAAAGAGAAGUUUGAUCAGACAGCAGAACACAUGAAGGUCCAGGCCCGACACACAGAGAGGCAGAUUGUUGAGCAGUUUAAGAAGCUUCAUCAGUUUCUAGUAGAGGAAGAGGAGGCCAGGCUGGCUGCACUGAGGGAGGAAGAGGAGCAGAAGAGAGGGAUGAUGGAGGAGAAGAUGGAGGCUCUGAGCAGAGAGAUAGCAGCUCUUUCAGACACAGUCAGAGCCACAGAGGAGGAGCUGAGAGCUGCAGACGUCUCAUUCCUGCACAACUACAAGGCUGCAGUGGAAAGAGUCCAGCGCUGCCCCCUGCUGGAGGAUCCACAGCUGCCCUCAGGAGCUCUGAUAGACCAGGCCAAACAUCUGGGCAACCUGGCCUUCAACAUCUGGAGCAACAUGAAGAACAAGGUGACCUACACUCCUCUGGUUCUGGACCCAAACACGGCUCAUCCAGAACUCAUCCUGUCUGACGAUCUGAGCAGUUUGAUGUUUGCAGAGCAGCAGCAGCUUCCUGAUAAUCCGGAGCGGUUGGAUAAAUGCCGUUUGGUUCUGAGUUCAGAAGGUUUCAGCUCAGGGAUCCACAGCUGGGACGUCGAUGUCGGAGUCGGUGGGACCUGGAGACUCGGUGUGUUAUCAGAGUCUGGAGGGAGGAAGAACUACAUCACCUCUGCUUUAUGGGAGAUCUGGUUUAGUGAAGGGAAACAUUACAGCUGGUCUCCAGGAGUUCCUCUUACUGUUCUCCCAGAGCAGAAAAAGAUCCAGAGGAUCCGAGUGAAUCUGGACUGGGACGGAGGGAGUCUGUCCUUCUCUGAUCUGGAUACUAACACACACAUACACACCUUCACACACACCUUCAGUGAGAGGAUGUUCCCUCACUUUGGCACAGAGAAUAAAAUACAGAUUUUACCUGUGAAGUUCUCAGUAACAGGAGCGAAGCAACAAAGUGACCUUUGACCUGAGCCUCCAGAGCCACAUAAAGCCGGUUCCAGAGUGGGCCUUCUAGCAGCUGCAGAACAUUUCCAGUAUCAGA